AGCUGCAGGAUGAACAGCGAAUACAAGAACGGCCUGGACAACAUGGAAGAAAUCCCUCUGGAGGACACAGACAGAACCAGCGUGGAAUUCAGACUGCUGAUGGUCUAUGCACAGCGGCGACUGUCUGCAAGCAAAUAUGGGCAAUUACUCGAAAGAGAACCCGGAGUCCAGGAGGACAGGAGGGAGGUGGUACAAGUCAACACUCUAACCAAGGAAGAAGAAGUCACCUUUCCAGAAAUUUCUCCAGAAGAUCAUAAACCACCAAACCAGAAGGACCAGAAGAAGGCGAAGAAGAAGAAGAAGAAGGCAAAGAAGACAAAGACAAGAACCAGUUGGAAAUGCCUUUGUAUUCCUUCUUGCCUAAGGCCACAAGCAAAAGACACCAGGAACCAAAGAGUAUCCCAAAAACAGGACUCCGUCAACGGCCAUGCCAUGAGGGUGGUCUCCGGAAUUGGGGGUUUAUCAGAUGACUCGGACAUCCCUCGUCUGGCAGAGAGACUUGUUGAGAUAGUGGAUCGUUCCAGAUUUCCUAGUGGGAAGAAGAGCAUCGUGGUAGUGGAACGUGCAUUGAGUCUAGAAGAAGACGGUGGCUCAGCCAGCAAGCCAAUCCCACCAGCUGGGGAUGAUGGAUUAGACAACGAAGAAAAGGUUAUUGAUGCGAUAGUUGCCUUGUUACGGAAAUCAGGAGAUGAACUGGAGGAAAAGACGAAGAAGGAUAAGACCUUCCGUCAGUGCAUCAGGGACAUGAUGACCUACGCCUUCUUCAGGAGAGUGACGGACCAGUUCCUUGAGGAGAUACCCAUAGACUCCACUGUCCAUUCGGAGGACGAACUUAAGAGCGUCAAAGUUGCGUUGAUUAUGGAAGCCACCACCAGGCUCACUGCGAUCGACAACCACCCCAUGAAUCUCGUGCUAGGCUUUGGAACAAAAUAUCUGCAGGAAAACUUCAGCCCUUGGGUCCAAAGCCAAGGGGGAUGGGUGAAAGCCUUAGGAUUUCCAGACCAGGAAGAAGUUGAAUGAGGAAACGAGAUCUUCUCCUUCAAGAGCGCUGGUUAAUAUGGAGAAAGUGAUUGGGAUGUGAGAGGGAAAAAGGAAAAACUUGGUCACUCUCCUGAUUGCCUCCAAUAUGGGGAGAGGGUGGGCCACAUGGAAACUUUUGAAAGACCAGCAAGGGCAGCCACCGGAUGUCAUGGGACGAGGGCAGGGCCUGCAAUGGCUGACGCUGUCUUAGUCCUGCUCAGCCUGAGCAAGAGAUGAAGGAGCCGUGCCUCCUUCUUCCUGGAGGGAUCGGAAGUCUCCUGAGGGAAUGAAACUACUUAUUUUUUGCAACUUUGGCUUCAAGUUAAGCAGGCAACUCAUCCUUGCUUCUUCAGUCUGCAUGACCGCUUCAGGAAAAGAGAAGCGGUUGCCAGGAGUGUGAAGACCAACGUUGGGCUGCCAGGAUCUCCCUUUCCUGAAGGUGUCUGAAGGACGGUAUCCCCAAAAGACAAGAUGGCGGCUACAUCUUGACUUUUUUUGUGACCUGCUUGCCUUUCCCCCUGGGGGCCUUGUCAAUAUUGCUCAUAAAUUGCUGCUUUGGCUUAACUGUCUUUAGAUGCUGGCUUUUUUCGUUGAACAGAUCUCCCGCUGCCUUUCCUUGGGAGGUUUGCUACAAGUGUAAAUAGAAAACGACACCAUGACUUUGGCCCAAGAAGGUGUGUUUAGGGAUGACAGACCUGAAUCUGGAUCUGAAAGUGAUUGAUCCUAAGAGACCAAAUUAGCGUAAGUCACGACAAUUGAUUCAGAUGCGCGUAAU